CCGGGAGCGCCACCGCCACCGCCCGGCCCAGGCCCAGGCCCUGUCCCAGGCCCUGCGCGGAGCGGAGCGGAGCGGCGUCCACCCGGGCCCAGCAAGCCGGCGCGGCGGGGGCGGGCCCAGGAUCUUCGGCGUAUCUUCCAUUCUCCUGGGCGGGAGCGGGAGAGGGAGCGGGAGCCCCUGCGCCCCUGAUCGGGCUGGGCCCGCUCCCAUGGCGAGCGCGGCCUGCCCGGGCCCCGGGGACCCUGCCAUGUGAGGCAGGCCCCGGGCUGGGGGCCCGGCCAUGGCCGGGGAACGGCCCCCACUACGGGGCCCAGGGCCCGGGCCCGGAGAGGCGCCGGGGGAGGGUCCUCCGGGGCCCGGGGGCGCGGGCGGAGGCCCGGGCCGGGGCCGCCCCUCCUCCUACCGGGCUCUCCGCAGCGCCGUGUCCAGCCUGGCGCGCGUGGACGAUUUCCACUGCGCCGAGAAGAUCGGGGCCGGCUUCUUCUCUGAGGUCUACAAGGUUCGGCACCGACAGUCAGGGCAAGUCAUGGUGCUGAAAAUGAACAGGCUCCCCAGUAACCGGGGAAACACGCUGCGGGAGGUGCAGCUGAUGAACCGGCUCCGGCACCCCAACAUUCUAAGGUUCAUGGGGGUCUGUGUGCACCAAGGGCAGCUGCACGCUCUUACAGAGUAUAUGAAUGGGGGGACCCUGGAACAGCUGCUCAGCUCCCCCGAACCCCUAUCCUGGCCUGUCAGGCUCCGCCUGGCUUUGGACAUCGCCCGCGGCCUGCGGUACCUGCAUGCCAAAGGUGUAUUCCACCGAGACCUCACAUCCAAGAACUGUCUGAUCCGGCGGGAAGACCGAGGCUUCACAGCUGUUGUGGGCGACUUUGGGCUGGCUGAAAAGAUUCCUGUGUAUAGGGAAGGGGCAAGGAAGGAGCCGUUGGCUGUGGUGGGUUCCCCAUACUGGAUGGCUCCAGAGGUGUUGCGGGGUGAACUGUAUGAUGAGAAGGCCGACGUCUUUGCCUUUGGGAUUGUCCUCUGUGAGCUCAUCGCACGAGUACCUGCGGACCCUGACUACCUACCCCGUACUGAGGACUUCGGCCUGGAUGUGCCUGCUUUCCGAACCCUGGUAGGGGAUGACUGCCCACUGCCCUUCCUGCUCCUGGCCAUCCACUGCUGCAGUAUGGAACCUAGCACUCGUGCUCCCUUCACUGAAAUCACCCAGCACCUGGAAUGGAUCCUGGAGCAGCUGCCUGAGCCAGCCCCCCUCCUCAGGGCUCCCCUGGCACACAGUCAGGGGUCUGUUCCAAGAGGGGGCCCCUCUGCCACACUUCCCAGGCCAGACCCUCGGCUCUCCCGAAGCCGGUCAGACCUCUUCCUGCCCCCAUCGCCAGAAUCGCCCCCCAACUGGGGGGACAAUCUGACUCGAGUCAACCCCUUUUCACUACGGGAAGACCUCAGAGGUGGCAAGAUCAAGCUCCUGGACACACCCAGCAAGCCAGUUGCCCCCCUACCCCUUGUACCACCAUCACCAGUGCCCUCCACCCAGCUGCCCUUGGUGACCACUCCAGAGACCUUGGUCCAGCCUGGGACACCUGCCCGCCGCUGCCGCUCACUACCGUCAUCCCCUGAACUUCCCCGACGUAUGGAAACAGCACUGCCAGGUCCUGGCCCUCCUGCUGUGGGCCCCUCGGCUGAAGAGAAGAUGGAGUGUGAGGGCAGUAGCCCUGAGCCAGAAGCCCCGGGGCCAGCUCCCCAGCUGCCCCUGGCCGUGGCCACAGACAACUUCAUCAGCACUUGUUCCUCAGCCUCCCAGCCCUGGUCCCCUAGAUCAGGAGCCCCCCUUAACAACAACCCCCCAGCCGUGGUGGUGAACUCCCCACAAGGCUGGGCUGGGGAGCCCUGGAACCGGGCCCAGCAUAGCCUGCCCCGUGCAGCAGCCCUGGAGCGGACAGAACCCUCGCCGCCCCCGUCAGCCCCCCGGGAGUCCGAGGAGGGGCUGCCCUGCCCUGGCUGCUGCCUCAGCCCCUUCAGCUUUGGCUUCCUGUCCAUGUGCCCCCGCCCCACACCAGCUGUGGCCCGCUACCGCAACCUGAACUGCGAGGCGGGCAGUCUCCUCUGCCACCGGGGGCACCAUGCCAAGCCACCCACAACCAGCCUGCAGCUGCCUGGGGCACGCUCUUAGCAGUGGGGCCUGUGGUCUCCGGCCUCCACCCUUGGCCUUCAGGAUGCCCUGUGAGGACAGAGAGCACAUGCUGGACUGUGCCAGCCCCGGAUGGGCUGAGCAGCUCUUCUCCCUGUAGAGGGGAACCUCGGCAUGGACGUGAGGAACAGAACAUUUCCUUUGCAUCCCCUGAGCUUGCUCUCCCGUGGGGAUCACUGAACCAGACAAAGCGUUGCCGACACACGAGACUAACACGUGCAAAUUAUUUAAAAAUAUUUCAAUAAAACUGCCUGGCUGGCUCCGGGCUGCCCCUA